CUUUCUUUCAGCAGAGUCUUCAGAGAGCUCCGGGAAGGACAGUGUGGAGAGGAUGUAGCUGUUUUUGCGCAACAGCUCGGUACUUUCCACGCUGCUACUUAAGCUGAUUCACCCGACGCCUUAGUUCUGACUGGGACUUCUGCUGACUUAUUUAUCGACUGGCAGGUUUUCACUUGGGAAACCUAUCGUGGAUUUGGUCCGAGGCAUUACACCCGGAGCAACAUGAGCGCAGGAAAACGUCUGAGCCUCAAGAUGGACGUACCUGUCUUCAUUUUGCUCAUCCACUUGACCCACACUGAGAUCAGAGCGCUGAAGGCCAGCAGGGUGGAAGUAGAGGCUGGAUGCCCCCUCGGCCAGUUCCCAUGUGGGAACGUGAGUGAGUGCCUCCCACAGGCUUUGCAGUGUAACGGACACAAAGACUGUCCCAAUGGAGCUGACGAGCGGCGCUGUGGGGACAACAUUGGAUGGGCGGACUUAUUUGGUCAAACACUACAGAAUGCCAAUCCUGUGGACCAGUACCUCCUGAAUGAGUGUUUCUUGAAGGAGUAUCCAGAGACUUGUGACUGCAUACAAACAGACGUUGAGUGUGUGGAGGUCAACCUGCAGGAUGUUCCUCUACUCUCUCCAAAUGUUACCUGGCUGUCGCUGAGGAGCAAUGAGAUCCGAAUGUUGUCUGAUUUUGUUUUCUCAGACUACUCUUCCCUAGAGAGACUGUUUCUGCAAAACAACAGCCUCCAGUUCAUAUCCAAACAUGCCUUCAGCGGGUUGCACAAUUUAAAGAGGUUGUUUCUUAGUGAGAACUUGAUAUCCUCCCUUAGUCCUGGUGUGUUCAGGGAUCUCCAUCAGUUGGAGUGGCUGAUGUUGGAUCAUAAUCCACUAAGCAUCUUGUCCCAGGAUACCUUCAUUGGGCUCCAGUCUCUCAUGUACCUAUCCAUGGUGGACACCUCGCUGCAGCAUCUUCCUCACCCGAGCUUCUGUCAACACAUGCCUGCCUUGGACUGGCUGGAUCUUGAGGGAAACCAGAUUCAAACUCUCAACUACUCUAUCUUGAAGACCUGCAGCAAGCUGGAAGUUCUGUUACUGAUGGACAACAGGAUCAGAAGACUUCCUGAAAACACCUUCCAGUCUCUGUGGAAACUGGCUGACCUGAAUCUGUCCAGCAACAGGAUAAGGGAGCUGCCGAAAAACACCUUUAAGACCCUCUCCAAGUCCCUCCUUAAACUAAAUAUUUCUCACAAUCCCCUUCUCCACAUUCACCCAAGCCACUUCAAUCAUCUGAUACAUCUUCAGUCUCUGGCGCUGGAGGGGAUAGAGAUCCCAGAUAUUCAGACGAAGAUGUUCCUGCCUAUGAAAAACCUCUCCCACAUCUACUUUAAGAAGUUCCAGUACUGCUCCUAUGCACCUCAUGUAAGGUCCUGUAAGCCCAACACAGAUGGCAUCUCUUCCUUUGAGGACCUGCUGGCUAACAUGGUGCUGCGGGUGUCUGUCUGGGUCAUGGCCUUCAUCACCUGCUUUGGUAACCUCUUAGUGAUCGGCAUGAGGUCACUGAUUCGAGCUGAGAACAACCUGCAUGCUGCCUGCAUCAAAGUCCUUUGCUGUGCAGACUGCCUCAUGGGUGUUUACCUGUUUUUCGUUGGAGUCUUCGAUGUAAAAUUCCGCGGGCAGUACAAUCGUAACGCCCUGCUCUGGAUGGAGAGCGUGGAGUGUCGGACCAUUGGAUUCCUGGCCAUGCUCUCCUCAGAGGUGUCUGUUCUCCUCCUGACCUACCUAACUCUGGAGAAGUUCCUGGUCAUUGUCUUCCCCUUCAGCAAUCUGCGCCCAGGCAAACUUCAGACUGGGGUGGUCCUGGCCUCUAUCUGGCUACUGGGGUUCAUUAUUGCUGCCGUGCCCCUAAUGAAUGAGGACGUGUUUGGAAAUUACUAUGGACGUAAUGGGGUCUGCUUUCCCCUGCACUCCGACAGGCAAGAAAAACCUACCGCCAAAGGAUAUUCCACAGCGAUUUUUCUGGGUCUAAACCUGGUGGCAUUCCUGGUGAUCGUCUUCUCCUACGCCAGUAUGUUCUACUCCAUCUAUAAAACUGGCAUCAAUGCAACAGACUUAAGGAGCCGACUGCACAAAGACGUGGCUGUGGCCAACAGGUUUUUCUUCAUAGUAUUCUCUGAUGCCCUCUGCUGGAUUCCCAUAUUUUUGGUGAAAGUCCUCUCACUACUGGAGGUGGAGAUACCUGGCACCAUCUCCAGCUGGGUAGUCAUCUUCAUCCUUCCAAUCAACAGCGCCUUGAACCCCAUCCUGUACACCUUAACCACCAGCUUCUUCAGAGAGCAGGUGGAACUUUUACUCUGUCGUUGGCAGAGAAGACAAACAUUCAAAAAAGACCGCAAAAGCCUCACCUCCUCUACCAUCUUCAUGGAGACGCAAAGGGCUCCUUGCUACCAGAUACCAGCCUACCUCCAGCGGGUGUCACUGACCGCUGCAGAUCCCCGCUACGCCUGAGGGAGGCAGGACCUUUCCUGGCACUUUGUAAACUACGGGUCGAGGGCCUAUUGCUGGUUAUGUCUUUAGGCUCCUACAUGUAGCACUAGUGUGUUUUAACGAGACUGAUCUCCCGGUGGAACAAAAUUAACAAUCACUGAGCUGUCUCAUCAUGCUCUGACACAUUUGUAAAAAUGACCACAAUUAAGCAGUUUACACUUUUUUCCCCUCAUGUACCCACACUGGGAGCACUUUGGGGUUCAGUGCUCAAAGUCACUUCAACAUGUGGGCACGAGGAGCCAGGGAUCAAACCACCAACCUUAUGAUUAGUGGAUGACCUUCCGUACCACUUGAGCCACAGUUACCCCCAUGCUUGCAUGUUUAUGUGGCCAUACAUUUGAUAUUGUUCCAGGUGAGCGUAUAGUAAAGUGAAAAUCGGAGUAACAAAGAAGAGGAGACGGAUGAAAGGAUAAAUACCAGCACAUACUGUACAUCUCACUGCCACCCUGAGGACGAUCACAAUGGACUUAAAAUGUCUUAAGUCAAGCAAAAGAAAAAAUGGCUUAUUGCCCCACAUGCAUCAUUUUCUACUUUAGUGACCCCUUGGUCAGAUUAUGGAGCUAGAGCAGGAGACAAACAGUCAAAUAUCUCUCUUAUCUCACAGACAUUGUUUUUUCUAUGGAGUGACUUAAGGAUGAAGCUCACUGAGUCACAGAUGUAACGCUUAUCAGACACUGAGCUGAGAAAUGGGUUCAUGGAUAAAUGGUUUCAGUCUCAACAAAAACAAGGGAUGAGUCUCGGACUGUGUAAGAUGUAGCACUCAAACAUGGUUUACGAAAUGCAAAUCAGCGGUUGCAUUUGUUUUCAUUUAAUAUGCACAAAAACGAACACAUACUUGAUAUUCAACUGCCAAAAUCCAGCUUGCAUUUUUUAUACCAUCUACCAAUUAUAAUGCAAAUACAAAGUCAAUUUACAUGUCAUUUUAAUAUCUUCUAUGAUGAAGUUUAAAUUAGAAUUAGUAACACAAUUUAAGCAUUUAUUAUGCUAUCCAAGCAAUCCAUGACAUUUAUUAUGCUCUCUGCUUCAUCCCUCUGUAUUUCUGCUCCCUGCUUUUGCUUUUGUCUUCUGGUAAUUUUGUCUCUGAUUAGCUUUCCUGAUAAGAUUUCCUUCUGUAAUACUAAUAAUAAUCUGUAAUACCCCUUUUCUAGAGCCUCCUCUACUCAGAAAUGAAGGAAGGAGAGCAUUUACAUUUUAGCAUGAUGUGUGAUCAUGCAAAAUUAUUAUAUAAAUGCAACAAAUGUUAUUUAAUUCACGCAAUAAAUCUGAAAAUGAAGUGUUUAAAGACAUUAAAUGAUCAUUUUUGACACAAAUCAUGAUAUUACUAAAAAUUAAAGCAUAUUUUAAAUAUUUUUUCCUUUAAUCAAGUUUUUGACUGGUUUGUAUUGAAGGGAAUGAGAAAAAUAAAAAUUUUGUACCAACA